GCUUGUCUGAGUAUCCCUGCUAUGGAUUCAUCAACCUGUGGGAUCAUGUAUCUACACAAAAUUCUGAGACUAUUAGACUGAAUGGUCUUCUUGAACUUUUUGUUUGUGAAUCUCUUGUUUGUUUCAAUAAAGUCAAAUAUCUCUCUUUUUACUUUUGCUUACAGCCGAGGUCAGACGGCUUCUUUAUGCUGAGAAUUCCUACUGUGUAAUAGACUAAAUCAUCUGCAAGAAGUUCCUCAGGGAUGACAUUCAACAAUGUAUGCCUCAUUGAUACAAAGAUCUGAGAGGUACUACAGUUUAUAUAUCUUCUCUGAAUUAUUUCUGAAUUCAUGGACUUGAAUAAUCUCUUGAUGAAUUUUUAACAGAUCUAAGUGCUUUCUUCAUUUCAGCGUCAGGUCUAAACUUGGGCCUUGAAUUAAUUGGCUUUCCUAAUUGUUGGCGUCAUUCUGUAAUAUUGGAAGCUUUUGGAUAAGUUUCCUUUGCUGACUCUUUUUCAGAGUAAGCAGUACUAAGUUGGUUGAUAUUUUCUGUUAUUUGAUCAAAAUUUUCAGACUUAGUUAAAUUCUUUGAUGUAUUAAGAAAAGGCACUUUGGGUAUCUUAUCUUUGAUUUCAUUUAACUCAUUGGUUAAGAUAUGAUCCUCUUGAGCACUCUGAAUUCAAAUUUUCUUCAUAAAAUCAGAAUCAAAAAUUC